AUGGACAUAGCUCAGCUUAUCCAAGCCUUCGGAGAGGAACGCCAAGCCAACGCUGCAGCCCUCCAGAUGAUUGCUCAAGCUGUCACCAACAAUCGCCACCCAGCGGGGAAUGGCAAUGGACAUUCCACGUUCACGGUGUUCAAGAAGCAUGCACCACCCACCUUCAUCGAGACUGUUAAACCCCUGGAUGCCAACGACUGGGUCCGCACCAUUGACGAUCUGCUAGAACUAGUCGGUUGUACUGAAGACCGUGAGAGGAUGGCAUAUGCUGCCCACUGUCUCGGGGGAACUGCCAGAGCUUCGUGGGAUGGAUUCAAGGUCAUGCAUCUUGGGCAAGCCAUCACUUGGAAUGACUUCAAGGCAGAAUUCUGCAAGGCCCAUAUUCCUUCCGGGAUCAUGGCCAUCAAGAAGCGUGAGUUCCGAGCCCUGAAGCAAGGAAGUGGCACUGUCAAGGAGUACAUGCAGAAGUUCAGUGUUCUGUCAAGGUAUGCCCCUGAGGAUGUCAGCACUGAUGCUGCCAAAAGAGAGCGCUUCAUGGAAGGACUUAAUCAGACUCUGCAGUACUCGCUUGUUGUGUGUGACUGCCCAACCUUUCCUGAUCUGGUGAACAAGGCACUCAUGCUUGAGGACAAGCGACGUGCUUUGGAUGAUACCCGUAAGCGCAAGCUUAUCAGCAAAGAACCAAGGACAAGGCCGUGGAGCCCCAUAGAGGAACCAAGCUCCCGCAAUCUGCCCAACAAUAGCAAGGGGCGUGUGAACCACGCCACUGCAGAGGAAGCCCAGGAAGACCCGGACGUCGUGUUGGGUACGUUCCUUGUCAACUCAGCACCUGCAACUGUCGUGUUCGAUUUUGGAGCCACGCAUUCAUUUUUCACCCAAAAGUUUGCAUUAGAAAGUGGCAUGACCCCUACACCCCUGAAUAACCCCAUGGUGAUACAAACCCCAGGAUCAGAGAUGAGGUCCAAGAUAGGGUGUAAAGGAGUUGCGAUCAUCAUUAACGGGGUAGAAUUCCUAGCAGACCUUAUUAUCUUGAGAUCACAAGGCUUGGAUGUGAUCUUAGGAAUGGAUUGGCUCAUCAAGCACCAAGGCUUGUUAGAUUGUGCCAACCGGACUGUCACCCUGACCAAUGGCCAAGGAGUUGAAGUCAAGUUUGUCCCCAACUCUUCCUCCAAUCAAGCCUCUCAGGUCAAUUGUCUGAUAGGGAUUGAGUUGGAUCAAGUACCAGUGGUAUCUGAGUACCCCGAUGUCUUUCCUAAUGAGCUUCCCGGAAUGCCUCCUGACCGUGACAUUGAGUUCAUCAUCGAGCUCAUGCCCGUAGGAGGACCCAUCUAUAAGAAGCCUUAUAGAAUGGGAUGA